AUGGUCAGGGCAGCACCGUCCGCGCUCGAUGCUACAGCGUUCGGCAACGCCGACCCGUCAGCCCAGCCUCGCCCGCACAAGCGCCAGCGGACGUCGACCUCGCUCCCGACUGCGAGCGACCUCUUCGUUCCUCGCCUCCCAGGUCUCCCCCCGGGUGCGCAACUACCCCUGUUCGCCGGCCUCCUCCCCUCUGCUCCCCCACCUUCAACCUCGGACGCCCAGCUCUACUUCCUCCUCGCGCGCAACAAGCACAUCCCCAGGCGCGAGCGCCUCGUCAUCUGGCUCAACGGCGGCCCCGGAUGCUCCUCGUUCGACGGCGCCCUCAUCGAGCUCGGCCCGGUCAAGGUCAACAAGGACGCCGAGACGCUGAACCUGGUCGAGUCGACAGCGUGGAACGAGUACGCCAACGUGCUCUUCUUGGAUCAACCGGCCGGCACCGGCUUCUCUUUCGUCACCAAGGGCGACGACGUCCGAGAGCUGCCCGCGGCGGCAGAGCAAGUCGUCAUGUUCCUCGCCAACUUCUACAAGGUCUUUCCCGAGUUUUCGAACAUGGAUACCUUCCUCGCCGGCGAGUCGUACGCCGGGCAGUACAUCCCCUACAUCGCCGACGCCAUCGACAAGACGAUGCUCCUCCCGACUCGACUCAAGGGCCUCCUCAUCGGCAACGGCUGGAUCUCGCCGCGCGAGCAGUACCCGGCCUACCUCACCUACCUCGAGCGCAACGGCUUCCUCCGCAAGGGCACCCAGGCGCACCGCAACGUCCUCGCCGCGACCGAGAAGUGCAACGCGACGCUCGCUGCCAUGGACGCCCGAGGCGCUGGCGGCAAGGGCAUGGUGCUCGUGCCCGACUGCGAGGCCAUCCUGAGCGUCAUGAGCGCGGCGACGAUGAAGGACGGCAAGUGCCUCAACUCGUACGACACGAGGGAGUACUUUGCGUGCGGCACGCCGUGGCCGCACGAGCUCGCCGAGGUGACCAAGUACCUGCACCGCCAAGACGUCAUCGCCGCCCUGCACGCCACGACGGUCCCGCACAAGUGGGCCCACUGCUCGCAGCCCGUCGCGAGCAAGUUCUGGACGCCCAACUCGGCGCCCUCGGUCGCGCUCCUGCCUGAACUGCUCGCCAAGAUGCCUGUCCUCCUGUACGCCGGCGACCAGGACCUCAUGUGCGCCGGGAUCGGGAUCGAGGCGGCGGUCGCGCAGCUCGAGUGGAACGGCGACAAGGGCUUUGGCGAUGCCGAGGUGCUCGAGUGGACCGUCGGCGAGGAGAAAGCCGGGAGGUGGACGACGGCGCGCAACUUGACCUACGUCGAGUUCAGCAACUCGAGCCACAUGGUUCCGCUCGACAAGCCGCUCGCCGCGCACGACAUGCUCCUCCGCUUCAUGCAGGUCGACACGCUGCACUCGGCCGGCUCAGCUGCGCGCAUCCCCUCGCGCGUUGGGUCCGAAGCCGCGACGAUCCUCGGCGCGACGCACCCGAACGGCUCGACGCUCGCCGGCGCCCUCGACGCCCUCUCGCCCGGGUCGUCGUCGUCGUCCUCAUCCCUCGACCUCGACGCCGACCUCGACGGCUCGUCCUCGCCCCUGAGCGGCGACAAGGACGCGCUCGCGCACGGCGGCUUCGACAUCGAGCACGAGCGCACGUACGGGCCCCGGCGCACGGCGGCGCUCGUCGUCCUGCUCGCGCUCGUCGGCGGGCUCGUGUGGGGCGUCGUGCACUGGCGCAAGGCGCGCAGGAGGGAGCGGUACCGCCGCGCCAAGGGCAAGGGGCGGGCGAUCCGGCUCGAGGAGCGGCGCGCGGGUCAGCGAGGCGCCGAGGACGAGGACGAGGGCGACGAGGAGGUCGGCGAGGGAGGGUACCGCGACGCGGCGGGGCGGGACGGGCGCAGGGGCGAGGACGCAGAGACGGUCGCCGUCUUUGACGUCGGCGAGGACGACGAGUCGGACGAGGAGGACGGGCGAGACGGUGCGGACAAGGCGCAGCGACGGCGCAGGGAUGACCCCGAGGCGUGGGGCGACCUGGGGAGGACGCCCGACCCGAAGCAGGACCUCGUCUGGGGCGGGAGGACGAGCUGAGCGGUGGGAGCUGAGAGGGCUCGUCGUGCAACCUCUCGGCCCGCCCAUUCCCUCUCAGUCUCUGCGAGCAGAAAGCGAGACGAGAACGAGCGCAGGCGAGGCAAAGACUAAGAUUUGGCGCUU